AUGGCGAGCGCGGAAAAUCUACAGCCCAUGCCACCGUUUGACCCUAAGAUGGAUAUUAGUGCUGUAGCACAACGUUGGGAACAAUGGCUUAAGAGAUUUCAAAGAUAUUUGCUGGCAAUGGAUAUCAAGUUGAAAGCACGGCAGCGGGCUAUGCUUUUGUACGCGGCAGGUCCCGAAGUGGAGGCCAUUUUUGACACGCUACCGGAUAAUGGAUACGAAGAUGACUUUAAGACGGCGUGUGAAAAGCUCACUGAAUAUUUUUGUCCUUCUAAGAAUGUACCUUUCGAGGUAUAUAAAUUUCGUCAAGCUAAGCAACAAGAACAUGAGACAUUAGAUGCAUAUUAUACUAGAUUAUGUACUUUGGCCAAAACAUGUGAAUUUGCAGACACAGAUACUGGGACAUUACUAAACCACGAAACAGCGAAACGAAACAGCGAAACAACGAAACAGCGAAACGAAACAGCGAAACAACACUUUUAUAUUUCUUUAGUAAAAGAAAUAAACUACAUUUAAGUCAAACUACAAGGAAGUUAGACGAGAUUAAAUCCUUAAAGUUACAACGCCAUCAGCACAUAAUUCAUAAAAGUAUUAACAAAUGAAUUUAAUUUAAUACUAAUAGUCCCACGUAUUGAUCUUUAUUAUCGAAUAUUGGGAAGGAUAGAAACUCUUCUGCUUUUCAAAUACUAUCAAAGUUUCCUCUGUUAUAAUUUCUUUGACGUUUUCAUGUUGUUUUGACAUUAAAUUUUGGCUGUGAAACGAGCAUGUGUGUGGCCGAGGUGCUCGGUCAAAACGCGCCAAGUCAAAACGACUCCAAGUCAAAACAACUCCAAGUCAAAACGACUCCAAGACCAAGUCAAAACGGCUAUUACAUGCCUUGAAAAUUAUUAUACAAAUAAAAUUAUUAUUACACGAGUUCAAACUAUAAUAGGUUUUAUGACAAAAUUAAUUCGAGGAAUAGGUAAUUUAGAUUGUAAAUAAUGAACUAUAUGGAGUUAUUUUAUUCAAAUACUCAUAUAUGCCUAUGGAGUUACUUUAUUAAAAUAUUCUCAUUAUGAAAUUGUAUCGGAUUUUUAAGUAUUUUAGUCUUUUUGGUGCCUAUUACAAUAUUAACUGUUGGGCCUCCUAUGCCUAUGGAUUUGUAAAGGUUUCACUAAUACUUAAUAGUAAUAAAACAUACAGUAUACAUGAAAAUAUUCUUCAAUUUGGGUAAACGUUUCACAGUUUUGAUGCUUAUUUUACUUUUACCUACUGAGUCUAUUAUGUGCUGAUGCCGUGAUGGCGUUGUACUGUUGUAACGGAUUAAAAUUUCAUCUCGUCUAACUUGAUUCUAGUGUGACUUAAAUAUAGUUUAUUCCUUUUAUAAAAAUAAUAUAAAACAUGUUGUUUCGCUGUUUCGUAUCGCUGAAACUUUCGCUGUUUCGUUUCGCUGAAACAACAAAUAAUUGAAGGAUGUUUAUCUAACAGAUUGCGACGAAAGAUUUUAAUGGAAACAACAUUUACCCAGUCGCAAAUAUUAGAUUAUGGAAGAGCAUUAGCUCAUACAGACCAAAAAAACAAAGGAAAUUAUAAAAAAGGACAUUUCUGAUGGUAAUGAGGAAUAUAAUAAUCAAUUACAACAUGAUCACCGAAGACCUAGAACAACCAUUAAGUACUCGUCAUCAUCUAGUAAGAAAUGUUUUAAAUGUGGACUGGGGUUUCCACACAAGGAUAAUCAGAAAUGUCCAGCUGUAGAUAAAGAAUGUUACAAGUAUCAUAAAAGGGGGCAUUUUGCUCGUGUAUGUAAAACAACCGGUGGAGCUACUAGUUCAUUCAAGCGUGUUAAUAAGGUUGAUGAACGGCAUUCAUCAACCCACAAAUCAACACGUAAUUCGAGUAGUGACUCAGACAGCGGUUCAGAACUAAUGUUCAUAGUUCAACAAGCACAACAAAGUAAGCAUCCCUAUUCUACGGUCCGUGUUAAUGGAGUCCCGAUGAAAAUGAUGGUGGACAGUGGUGGGUCUGUUAACGUUUUGGGUCCUGAGGAAUUCGAACAUUUAAGCAAACAAAGCAAAGAACUAAUAUCCUUAAAAAAAUCUAACACAAAGAUUCGUGCUUUUGGAGAAAAUAACCCUAAUCCUAGAUCCCUAUUAGGCAAAGUGGAGACAUUAGUAGAAUCAAAACAUUGUAUGACAGUGGCUACAAUUUACAUUACAGCAUCUCAAUAUGGUAAAUUGCUUAGUAAUACAACAGCACAGCAAUUAGGACUUAUUAAGUUUGAUCUAAAUUCAGUUUCUCAGCAAGCAGUGCAAGAGGGUGAUUUGGAUAGAAGAGCUUUGCGACAAACCACAACCCAAGUUGAGAUACCUACUACAACCAUUAACUCGACAAAUAGUAAUGGUGAGAAAAGGACAAAAGUAUGCACAAGUACGCCAGACACAGGGCGAGUCUCUACUCUUUUAGAAGAGUACGCGGAUGUAUUUGAAGGUGUACUAGACAUCUUAAAUGGUUUGAACAAAAACUGCACAUUGAUGAUAGUGUGCCACCUGUGGCCCAAACAUACCGUAGAAUACCUUUUAAUCUUCGUCCCCAGUUAGAGAAGUGGCUUCAAGAGUCGCAGGAUAAUGAUUUGAUUGAACCUGUCGUUAAUAAAAGUACAGAGUAGGUCAGUGGAGUAGUGAUCGUGCCUAAGCCGAAAAAUCUGGAUGAAAUACGUGUAUGUGGGGACUAUCGCAGAGUUAACGAAGCCAUUAAGAGGGAACACCACCCUAUGCCUACAAUUGAGGAACUAACAGAUGAUAUGAGCAAUGCAGCUCAUUUUACUCGCCUAGAUUUAAGAAGCGGAUACCAUCAAAUUGUGCUUAACGAAGAAUCGCGUGGUAUAACAACUUUUACGACUCAUAAAGGUCUUUUCCAGUGGAAAGAAUCCCUUUCGAAAUUAACUCGGCAAGCGAAGUGUUUCAAAAUGCUAUCCAGCAUGCAUUGCAAGGAUUGAAUGGAGUUAAAAACAUUGUUGAUGAAAUAAUUGGUUGGGGGCGAACUCAAAAAGAACAUGAUGCCAAUCUUCAAGCUCUAUUGCAGAGACUAAGAGACACCGGAUUGACUGCAAAGAGAAAUAAGUGCCUUUUCAAUGUGGACAGUUUAUGGUUUUAUGGCAUGAUUCUUAGUAAGAAUGGGAUUAGGCCUGACCAAGAGAAAGUUGUUGCAAUAAAAAAUACACCUCCCCAAACAAUGUAAAAGAACGUCGUAGCUUUCUAGGACUCGUGAAUUACUGUUCGAAGUUUAUUCCUAAUUUCUCUACCAUUACGGCGCCGCUACGGAAAUUGGAUCGCAAAAAGGUUCAAUGGACAUGGGACACUAGUCAUCAAGAGGCCUUUCAUCAGGUUAAAUCUUCGCUAUCUGAACAGUGUACGUUGGCCUAUUAUGACCCUAACAGAUCAACGAGUGUUGUUGUGGAUGCUAGUCCUGUAGGCCUAGGGGAUAUGUUGGUUGAACAUGACGAACAGGGCAUUUUGAAAGUGAUUGCUUUUGCUAGUAGAGCACUAACACUAGUUGAACAGCGGUACUGUCAGACAGAACGAGAAGCGUUGGCAUGUGUGUGGGCAUGUGAGAAAUUUCAUUUAUAUUUAGUUGGUUGUCAGUUUAGCUUGUAUACAGAUCAUCAAGCGUUAGAAAUCCUUUACUCAGCAAAGGCCAAACAAUCUGCUCGAAUACAGAGAUGGGCAUUGCGCCUCCAGCAGUAUAACUACACGGUCAAGUAUCGUCCAGGCACGGGGAAUCCGGCAAAUUCCCUUUCGUGGGCACCAAUUAAUAGCUAUCGGGACAGUCUAUUGCCGAAGAAUAUAUUAACUUUAUAA